AAAUCAUUUAAAAACCCAUUUCCCGCUCUCCUAUCUUCACAAAAUCCUCUCUUCUUUUGUUGAUCCAAUCGUGAAAUGGAAGAAAACGUGACCGUCAUCACCAUCGCUGAGCUAAUCCACCGUGGUUGCCCCCUCACGGGUACAUCUUCUCUCCACUCUCAUCCCAACCGUCGGAACCCUCCAACUUUCUCAUCAAACCACCGACCAUCUCUUGCUUCCGCUAAUUCAAAUCCUAACCCUAAAUUUCUGACCCCGCUGAAACACCCCGCCGUUCUCAUCGGAACCCUAACCCUAAAAUCAUCGCACGACAAUUGCAUCCAAUUCACCGACGUUUCCUCCGAAAUUUGCUGCGACAUUCUCGACUUCAAUGGUCGCGCUAUCGGAAAGAAAAUCUACGUCACUGCUUGGAAUUUCAUUCCCUUGAAACGCGGUAAUGGUUUUCUGGAGAUUAUCAAAUGGAAGCUUCCAGAGUCAAGCUCUGUGCUUAGUGGAUGUUCAAGCACCAAUUCAUUCGAUUCAUUUCCGUUAAAUUCAGGUUCUCCUUUUGUUAAUGAAACAAGUACUUCCAAAUUACGUCAUCGCAUUCAUGGCGCUGUAGAAUCAGUUAGUCCUGUUUCUAUCGUUCCGUGUUUAAAUCCAGGUUCUUUGACCGCUUCAACUAGUAUUCAAGGGUUUCUAGUGCGAGUUAUGGCUUGUGAGUGUAAAUUAUGUAGUUCUAAAGAAAAUAAGAUAACACAGGCUUGCAAGGUGUUAAAUAAACCUGUGUUCGUAUAUUUUUGUGGUGCUGCUUCACGUUGGCAUCCUGUAAUGACAAAGCUUGUUGGGAAUGUUAUUACAGCCACAGGGCUGAAGAAAAAGUUGGUUUUUAUAGCUAAAGAGGAGUCCCAAUUGAUGUUUGUAACUGUGGAGAAUUCUGUUUUGCAUGUGCCUUGGUUAUUGGAGAAAAGGUUUCCUGUUUCAAGGACUGUUAUCAAGGGGAAGGGUGAGUGUGGAGUGUAUACUGGUGUAGUGAAGGGCGUUUACAUGCAUGGGAUGAUUGUUGAGCUGGACAACGAAGUGUGGCUUCUACUAAGUGAUAAAUUACUUAGUGUGCCACAUAGUCUUAGAGUAGGCGCUGUUAUUUCUCUGAGAAAUGUUCAUUUCGUCAAUCCAAGAUUUCCAUGGGCAAAACUUCUCAUACUAGGCGCUUGCUUCAAGACUAGCAUUAUUGUAGAGUCAUUUUCUCCUUUAGAAGCAGGGUGCUAUACAAAUUCAGAAUCGCAAAGUUUAUUGGGGAAGUUUAUUGAAACUUUAUCAUUUUCUGCCAGACUAUGGACACUUCUUGUUGUUUCAUGUAUUCGGAAAAAGUUUUCUGGGAUUUUAUCUGAGAAGGAGAUUUUGGGAUCAAAGCAUAAGAAAGGAGUUGCUCAGAUGUACACUAGCUCACGUUUGCCUUCAUCUGUAAUUCGAGCUCGGCAUGGAGUAUUUACAGAAUUGUGUAAGCAUGAAUCAUGUGGCUGUGGUAAUGAACCAUAUUGUGGUAACCUGAAAUUGGUGUUGCCCAUCUCUUGUUUCACCUAUCACUGUGAAGCUAAGGGGAUAAAAAUGCUGUUACAAUCAGACAGUGAUCGACAUCUAUUGUGUGAGAACAAUCAGAUCAGUUCUCUAUCUUCAUCAGGUAAAUCUUAUGGUCAAUCAAAGAGGAGGAUUUUUCCAAGUGAAGACAUGGAUAUUGUUUUGCUUGGAAGUUUAAAGGUUUCUCCAUAUUCUGGAAGGUUGCAGUUGGUUGACAUGACUGGCAGCAUUGAUGUAAUUGUACCAGACCUUUCAUUAAAUUGGAGUGCCAACAGCAUUUAUGAGUUUGUGUUGAUUUUUCAGGUCAUUGACUAUGGUCUUAUGGUCGAAGGCAUACCUGAAGUGGUGGAUCGAUUGGGAUUGCCUGGGAAGGAGUUAUUCUCGUGCAGAAGCAUCUUUAAUUGUGCCCCACCGACAAGAAAGGAAAACUUAUCAAUUAUUCUCCACUUUCACAUGAGUAAAGCAACCAGCAGAAAUCUUCCGUUUUAUCCUAGUGUGGACUGGACAAAUGAUUUCAAGGAAUUUGAAAGUGGGACAUUUCAUCUGAUUCGGGUAACUCAUAAAUUUCCAUUGCUACAAAAGUUUCAAGGUGAUCCUGUCAUAGCAAACAGGUCUAGUAUGUUUGUUGAGGCCAUCGUCUUACCAUGGAAUCUGGUUCUUGAUGAAAAAGAUGGAAGUAAGCAGUCAACAAAGGUGUUGAGGGAUCAAUGGAAUCAAACCAUGGAUCAGAGCACUAGUGAAUAUUACCAGCGACAUGUUCCUGGAAAGAGGCAUAAAACUGAUUAUGCAUCAAGUGGGGCACUGAGUUCAGGUUCAGUGGUUGAUUUAGGUGAUGUUGAUGAUGUAUUAAACACUCAUAGUCAUAGGGAUUCUAGGAAGGAAUGGAAAUGUAAAAACUUGAAUUUUUCUCUUGAAAUUCCAUGCUUUGCUACUGUUAGAAGUGUUAAUAUUCCCAACUUUGUCAGUUCUGGAAUCUUGUAUAGCACAAAGACCAGUGUGAAGAGUUAUGUUGAUGUCCCCAAUUUAACAGCUGAGAAGGUCUUGCUGGAAUUCAAUAAUGAAAAUUCUUUGAAGUAUCAGUUGUUGCAGAUUGGUGGUUAUUACAUCAUCAAGCACCACAUAGAAGAUUCUUUUUGUUCUAUUAAGGACUCUGAUAACCUUAGCUGUGUUAAAGCUCUAAUCACAUCUAAAACACACAUUUGGAGCCUUACAUACUCUUCUCAUGAAGUUCUCAUGAAUAAUAAAUCAUUGCAUGAUCCUUCACAGAAAGAUUCCUCCUUCAGCAGUAGUAAAGCUCUGGCCAUGGAUCAAACUGAAUUACUUCUCGAGAGGGUUUUUGCAUGUUCUCUAGGAUGCUGUUCAGAUGUGCAUCUUCAUCUCUCAGCCAAUGAAAUGGAUAUGUUGAAGCUAAACCUUAAGGAGUUGGAGGAAGAUAUUAUUAAGCCAACUGUAAGACCAGAAGAGACUUCCAAUACUUCUCCAUGCUUGUGGAACGCAAUGACUCUGUCUGGACUGCCUUCUGUACCUACUGAUUCUAAUUGCCUGUUUCCAGAAGGGAAUUUAGUAUCUUUGCGUGGAGAUGUGGUUGCUGUUCAUGGUUUUGAUGGCAACUAUGCUGAUGUGGAUGUAUACUGUGAAAGACUUUGUGAUGCUUUUCGGUUGAGAUUCUUUCAAGAACUUGCAAAUUGCAUUCAUAUUUUGGUGGAUGAUCAACUUGUAAGGGUUUUCGGUACACUUAAUGAACAUGUGUAUCUUACUGGAUUUGGGGUUGGUGUAAAUGCGACAUUUCAUCGGAUUCUGGAAGUGGGGGGGUCAAAGAGCUUGAUGUUGACAUCUGUAUCAUUUAUUGUAAUAAACUUAAUAAGGGUAGUCAAAGAACCAUAUGCCGAAAAGUGUUCUGAGUUAUUGGGGAAUUCAGAUUCAUGCAAGAAAGACUGUAUAGACACUGUUUCUUCUGGUCUGAUUUCUGAAUUGACUCCUUGCUUGAAUACUGAAACAAUGCGCAUCCGUUGCAGAGUUGUUGCUGUCCAUGUUCUGGUUCUGGAGCAGAAGAAUAGACUAUGUGAUGAUUUACGAUUGAAAACUCACACCAGGGCCCAUCUUGUUAACAUUCCUCUUGCUGGUUUUGUGUUGGAUGAUGGAUCAUCCUCUUGUUGUUGUUGGGCUGAUGCUGAAAGAGCAGCAACCUUGCUAAGACUGCAUGAAGAACUCCCACAGAGUGCUCUUGAAAGCAGUGGGUCGACAUUAAAGUGGGUGGCAAUUGAUAACAAUGCCUGGAGAACCACCAUGUAUCAUCUUGAAAGAAUCUUAAAGAAGCAUAACAGAAUUACGGUGAAAAACUAUGGUUCAAUGGUCGAUUCUUCUUGUCAAGAUCUUAGUGUUUCCAUCAGUUCAGAAAAUGCUCUAAGCAGCUCAGACGAAAACUUCCUGAAAUUCAUAAUCUUCAAUGCUUGCUUUGGCACAUUUUGGAUACUUGUUGCUAGCUCAAUGGGUCCGAGUGCUAUCAGGUGUUUGGAAAAACAACACCUUUUGGAGAUGGAGACACCAAUGCAUUCCAUGCAAACUAUAUGGGCUAGAGAAGUUUGUUACACCAACCCUAUCACUGAAGCCAGGAAUAUGUUUCAGGAACUGCUAAACAGGUAGUUGCUCAUGCUGUUAAAUUUGUUGGAUGUGACAUCAGAACUUCUCUUUCCAUGCCCCCGUAAUAUGAGAAUAUGAGAGAUAAUUUCUGACAUGUCUUCCCCAACAAAAUAUGUACUUGCACCACCAGCAGCUGUAUUUAUCUGAAUUAAGGACUCUAAAAUGUAUGGUGUGUUGAAUUCUUCAACUUUUUG